AUGGCUGAGGAGUCUCCAGUCUCUGCUUCGUCCCAAGCGAUUCUACAGCCAGUUCCCGAAGCGGAGACUUGGAAGCAGAGGUCUUUUAAUUUCCUGCAGUCAGCUUCCUCCGAGAUUACACUGUUAAAUUGUUCCGCCCUGCCCCCCGCGCCCCGAGCCCCCGCCCCUCUCACUUUCCCAAGGUGCAGGGCAGACCGGCUUCCUUCCGUGACCCGCACCGUGACAGCUUGUCUCCCUUUAGGCCGCUUCCCCAGGCCGCCCCCGCCGUUUCACGAGCAGCUUCCCACAUCCGGAAGCGGAGAGCCGGCGGUGCAGCUGUCUCAGAAGCACGGCGCACAGUUGAGCUUCAAGGAUGUGUUCAUAGAUCUCAGUCCUGAGGAGUGGGAAUGCCUGGACCCUGCCCAGAGGACCUUGUACCAGGAUGUGAUGGAGGAGACCCUCAGGAACCUGCUGUCUGUGGAUAUGUCUCAUAUAGAUAUGAUCAAGAAAUUGCAGGCAAAAGCAGACAGUAGUAAAGGAGAGAUUUUUCAAAGAGUGAUGUUUGGAAGAGCUGAAAGCCUUGAAAGCAAAGAUUUUCACCUCAGGAAGAUCCAGGAAAAUAUAGAUGACUUUGAUUGUCUGGGGACAGAUGAUGAAAGAAAUGACAAAGGAUUGUCUACAUCCCAUAACAAAAACCUCAUUGAUGGAAGAGAUCAUCAUAGUAGAAGUGAUGCAGAAAAUGGAACUUUUGAAAGGCACGGAUCAAGCUUUCAGGAUGAAUUGCAGAUGAUGCAAUCUGAAGGGAUAAUUUUUGAAUGUAGUCAAGUUGUGACAAAUGUCAGCACCUCAGGUUUAUCAUCUCAGAGAACUCGUAAUGUCUGCAAAGGCUUUUCCCAUAAAGAUGAGAAUGCUGUUAUGCAUCCUUUAGAACUGUUACCAGACCAUGAAAUACAAAAUGAAAGACCUUACAGAUGUAAUGAGUGUGGCAUAACCUUUUUUCAGGACUCAGAACUCACUAGACAUCAACGAAUCCAUACAGGAGGAAAACCAUAUAAAUGUGCCGUGUGUGGCAAGGCUUUUAAUCAAACUAGAAAACUUGCAAUUCAUUGGAGAAUUCAUUCUGGAGAGAAACCACAUAAAUGUGAUGUGUGUGGCAAGGCCUUUAAGCAAGCUGCAAAAUUUGUAAUUCAUUGGAGAUAUCAUAUGAGAGAGAAACGAUAUAAAUGUGAUGUAUGUGGCAAGGCCUUUAAUCACACUACAAGACUUGAACUUCAUCAGAGAAUUCAUACUGGAGAGAAGCCAUACAAAUGCAAUGUAUGUGACAAGGCGUUUAGUCAUACGGCCAACCGUACUGUUCUUCAGAGACUUCAUACUGGAGAGAAACCAUAUAAAUGUGAUAUAUGUGGCAAGGCUUUCAGAGUAAGCUCAAACCUUGCUGUUCAUUGGAGAGUUCAUACUGGAGAGAAACCACAUAAAUGUGAUGUGUGUGGCAAGGCCUUUACUCAAGCUACAGGCCUUGCAAUUCAUCAGAGAAUUCAUACUGGAGAGAAACCAUACAAAUGUGAUGUAUGUGGCAAAGCCUUUAAUCACACUACAAGACUUCAGCUUCAUCAGAGAAUUCAUACUGGAGAGAAGCCAUACAAAUGCAAUGUAUGUGGCAAGGCGUUUGGUCAUACUGCAAACCUCACUGUUCAUCAGAGAUUUCAUACUGGAGAGAAACCAUAUAAAUGUGAUGUGUGUGGCCGAUGCUUUACUCAGAAUGCACAACUUGAAGUUCAUCAGAGAACUCAUACGGGAGAGAAGCCAUACAAAUGCAAUGUAUGUUACAGGGCGCUUAGUCAUACUGCAAGCCUCAGGGUUCAUCAGAGACUUCAUACUGGAGAGAAACCAUAUAAUGUGAUGUAUGUGGCCGACGCUUUACUCAAAAUGUACAACUUGAAGUUCAUCAGAGAACUCAUACAGGAGAGAAGCCAUACAAAUGCAAUGUAUGUGACAGGGCGUUUAGUCAUACUGCAAACCUCAGUGUUCAUCGGAGAAUUCAUACUGGAGUGA